CUUCGUGUUGGCGGGGUUCAGCCCGCUCCGGAGCCGCUGGCCUCUGCCCUCGCCUUUAGCGGUCGCUCCGCUUUGGUCCUCACCAGAAAGCUGGCACAGGAGAAGAUGGAGCCGUGGCGGUCCCCUGUGAGGCUACGCGCCUGGGCGAGCGGGGUUGCUUUGGCACCGUGCGCCUGAGCAGUUCCUUACUGAUGCUUCCGAACAUCCCGCAUCCUCCAUGGAAGAAGAUGACUCCUCUCCGUUUGCCUGCAGAUGGUGCUCUUGGGAGGUAAAUCCUCACUGGCACCUCACCAAAAUGCAGAUCCUUUAUGCAGAGCUGUGAGUCCCUGCACACUGGCAGUCCAUCGAAAAUCAGCCUUAUAAGAGCUCCUGAUGUCACAGAGGCAUCUUCAAAUUCAGAGAAAACACUGUCAUGAAGGACAAUGUGGCCUCCUCAAACGCUCCAGCGCGCUGGUGAAGGACUGCAGAGUAAAACAUGGAAGGGAUUCACUUUGGGACAGCUUUUAACUUACCAUUUGGAAUGACUGCUGUGAUGUGACAGAUCCGUCUUACCAUCAGCAAAGUUAAAGAGCAAGGAAACCAUUUUACCUGCAUGUGACAAUCCCAGAGGACACCGAUCAAGAAACAGGGGAGUGACUUGAUCUUCUGCACUACUUUACUCCUGCCCCAUUUUUUUUUUUUUAAGGGGGAGAGAAGGAUUUUUCCAGUCCAAGAAUCUCUUGCCCCCUAAGUUUUGGAAGGGGGUUGAAGACUUGUCACCCGUCUGGGGGUGCAUGAAGGGUAUUGGUUUUCUUUCCCUGUUAACUUGGCUUUGUGAAGGGUUGGAAGAGAAUUUUGCCUUCCUGACUUGCCUGGAAGAAGAGGAUGAUUUGGAAAUGGCUGGGCGCUUUGCUGCUUUUCCCCGUGCAGAUGGUUUAUUUGGUGGUGAAGGCUGCUGUGUGCAUGGUGCUGCCGCCCAAGCUCCGAGACCUGUCCAGGGAGAACGUGCUCAUCACCGGAGGGGGCAGAGGCAUCGGCCGCCAUCUGGCCAGGGAGUUUGCUAAACGAGGAGCCAGAAAGAUCAUCCUGUGGGGUCGAACUGAGAAAUGCCUGAAGGAGACCACAGAGGAAAUCAGAAUGAUGGGGACAGAAUGCCAUUAUUUCAUUUGUGAUGUAGGAAACCGAGAGGAGGUCUAUCGGCAAGCCAAAGCGGUGCGGGAGAAGGUGGGUGAUAUCACUAUCCUGGUGAACAAUGCUGCUGUGGUCCAUGGUAAGAGCCUGAUGGACAGUGAUGACGAUGCACUGCUCAAAUCACAACAUAUAAACACCCUGGGACAGUUCUGGACCACCAAAGCAUUUCUGCCAAGGAUGCUGGAGUUGCAGAAUGGCCACAUUGUUUGCCUGAACUCUGUCCUGGCCUUGUCGGCCAUCCCUGGAGCCAUUGACUACUGCACCUCCAAAGCCUCGUCCUUCGCCUUCAUGGAGAGCCUGACCCUGGGGCUGCUGGACUGCCCGGGAGUGAAUGCCACAACAGUCCUGCCCUUCCACACCAGCACAGAGAUGUUUCAGGGCAUGAGAAUCAGGUUCCCUAAUCUUUUUCCUCCUCUCAAGCCAGAGACAGUGGCUAGGAGGACAGUAGAAGCUGUUCAGAUGAAUCAAGCCUUCCUGCUCCUUCCAUGGACAAUGCAUGUUCUUGUCAUCUUAAAAAGCAUUCUCCCUCAGGCAGCACUUGAAGAAAUCCACAAGUUUUCUGGGAGCUACACCUGCAUGAACACUUUUAAAGGACGAACAUAGACUUGAUGGUGAAAGGACUAUUCUUCAGUGAAGCCAACAGAAGCCUGAAAACCCUGACAAGACCGUGAAUCAGCAGUCUUGGCUUUUAGCCUGUUCAUGUGACUUGUGCUGCUCUGAGGCAACACAUUUCUUGCAGGUCAUAUCCAUAGUAACAGGACCUUUGCACAGGAUUGAAUGACUAGACUAUGGACCCUUGGAAAGAAAAACAAAAAGUGUGAAAUGUUUAUAUGAUGUUUAAUUCUUUAGAGUUCAAUUGUUAAAUCUACUCAUAGUUUUAAGAUGUAAUUUUUGUUUGGAAAGUAUCUGUAGGCUGUCUCAGCUGAGAGGCAGCACAUCACACCCCAUACUUCAUCCCCUCUCUCCAGAGGAACUGCGAUUACAAACUGCUACUGGUUUCAUUUCAGCUUUUUGAAUGGGGAACUUAAAAAAUACUUCGAAGAACUGUAAGUUAUGGACGUGUAAUGGAAGCUUCCUUCCCUUCCUUCACUUUACAUCCGUUGAUGAAGCUGUUCCCAACUCCCAUCAGAGAAGGUGCAAACCAUGGAGCAAUGUGUUCUUUGAUAAAGGCCUCCCAGGACUGUCUCGAAGGGCUGUGCUGGGCCCAGGAAAGCUCUCUGUCUCACGUGUGAAGGCUGGAGAGCAAUGCUCAGUCAGAAGAGUGGACAGUUUGAAUAGUGGAAGAUUCUUUCUGUCACUGAAUUCAUAUAUGAAAUUUAAUUGUCUUUCUGAAUAUUUUUGUUCAUUUAUGAUAAAAUAUAUAUAUAUUUUUAGCAUUAAUCCCAGAUUGCCACGCAUGUAGGCAGCAUCACACCCGGGAUGAACUAAAUCUAGAACUAAAAACUAGAACCUGCUUGUACAACCGUACAUACACUGACAAUCCAUGCAGACAAAAAUCCAUUGUAUCAAUCUGCAGAGUGAAGCAAGUGGAAUAAUGGUCUAAAAACAGAAGAGACAGUACUGUAGGGCUCAUGAAAUGUGAAGUUUGGAAGCACAGUUAGCAAAGACCUGAUUAAAUGCACGUUGAAUUCAACUGGGCAUAUACCCAUUGUUUUUCAGGGGCAUUGAAUCAGGCACUGAUCAGCCAAAAGUGAUAAAUACUGCUUGGACUGAAACGCCAGAAGCAGCUAGACAUUAUUUAUUUCUGUAAUGAUUUAUUCUCUUUGACAGCCUAGUAAGAGCAACACUACAUUCCUAUGCCAGAUGCAGUGUGCAGCACUAGGCAUAGUAAUGUAGUUGAAACAUACUGGAAUGCUACUAAAAGAGGAAUUAAUAUAAUUGCAAUACAGGAAAGUAGCAAACUUAACUAGAGAACACCUGAAUGAAGCGCUUCAAGGAAGGUGGUUGAAGUAAAGGAGUGAAUUUAGGGGUCCUGACUUGAAUUUUGAGCUUUUCCAUAGAUGUCCUGUGUGACCUGAGGCAAGCUGCAUAAUUUCAAGGUGGGCCCUUACCCGUAAAACAGAUAUUUCUUGUGUUUCCCUACCUCAAAAGUUCUGACUACCUAAAUGUUUGUCAAAAGCUCAGCAAAUUCAAAUGGACGAUGCUAUAAAAAGGUAUUUGUUCAUAAACCAAGAACCAAGAGGUUCUAUAAAAAAACUUAGAAGACGAAAAACCCCAUAUGGUGAAAUAUAUGACUUCCUAAAGGAGCUUUUAGGAAAGCUUUUCGUUACAGCAGAAAAGCUGUGAGCUGUAUUUGAAAUACUCCUCUGGUUCCGCCAUGUAGACCAGCUACUUAAGUGCAAUGAUGUGAAUGUUAAAAUCUGAAGGUCUGAACCUCACUGCAGAUCAGUGGAUAUCUCUCUUCUUGAGCAGUUCAAGAGGAAGAUACUGCCCCAGGUGCCAUUGACACAAGCCCCUCUGCCUGGGUGGGUCUCCUGUCUGGGUCAGUGCUUUCCUUCCGAGUGCAGGACACAGAAGCUGUAGCUCUGUGCCAGCUUUGAAAAGGUUUCUUACAGUUUUGUUUUGAAUUCCUAGAUGUCUGAGGCUCUGUGGAGAGGAUGAAAAGAAACUUUGAUCUCUGUGAUUUUGACACCCACCCUAAUAGAUGCUUUCAGCUUCAUUUUUUGUCCAUUUUUUUGAGAAGAAACCCAGUUCAUUGAAAAUACAAGUGCAAUGAGGGAGGAACUCUUCCAGGAUCUGCCAGGAAUACUGAAGGUACCAUAUUUAUCAAGAGAUGUUGGGAGGGGAAGGGAUGGUUAUACAUACCUCCCCUUAUGCACUUCAGUACUUGCUAGUUUCUUAUUAACCACCGUCAGACAUGCCAGGCUUGUAGAUGCAAGAGCAAACAGAAUUGGUGAAAAGAGGGCACCCUGCAGUGUGCCCCCUAAGUUAAACCUUUAUGUUAAGAUUCUAUUCCUUGAUGGCAUCUUAAUGCAAAAGUGGGGGGAAAAACUAGGACACAUGGUGAAAUUAACUCUUGCUCAUCCCCAAAUCCUCUCCCUCAGAUGAAUCUGCCCUUUUCCUGCAUUGCACAGAAGGUAUUCCCUCUCUUCAGACGUUGUCUUACAUACUAAGUGCUGUUGAUUUCUUUCUAAUCAAUAUAAACAAGUCAGAAUUGUUGCUGAGACUCUCCUCCUCUCCCUCUUGAUACACACACACACAAACUUCCCUCUCUCUUCCCUCAGGGUCUCUGAGCGGACAACAGGUCAAAUAGCAGUCACAGUGGGGGAGAGGUAUGCAGCAAACAGAAAAUAAUGAGGAAAACAUUGACUUUGCUUUUCAGAUAGUAAGGAAGAGUUGAGUAACAGUUUCUUCUCUGGUGAGUGUUGCGAGAUAGAAUGCUCUCCGGCCAGUGAGCUACCCGCAGGUUUGGAUGGAUACAUUUGAAUAUUUAUUUUUUUUUUAAUAGAAAGGCUCCUUUGGAAUGCCUGCUGAGGUCUACUGUCCCUUUUCACAUAAGGUUAGUAUUGGGUAAUCUUGAAGUGCUGCAAAUGUGGGCAAGCUUUGUUGAAGCCUAAGGCCUUCUCAAAGGAAUUUCCGCCCUUUGACUUAUUUUAAUUUUAGUUUUCCCUGCUCUCUCCACUGCCUCCUGCUUUCCACUGCACAAUUAUUUUUUUUUCCUUCUGUUUUCCUAUGUCAUUACUGCACUUUUCAGUGCCACCAUCUUGAAGCCAGAUGUCAUACAAAGAGUCUGGAAUAAAUCUAAAUCAGGGUAUAUAUUUAUUAUCCUGCUGGAGGAAUCUAGGUGAAGCUGUAGGAGGAACAGGUCACAGCAAUUUCAUGUGAAAUUAGCUAAGCUCUUUCAGUUUUACUUGCUCUGAUCUUUGAAGAAGAAGAAGACUCCUUACUGUGUUUUUUUUUGUACAGGAGAUCACUACUGUUUCAAAAUUGGAAAGAUAGAGAAACGUUAGCCACUUUGGGUCAUAUGUUCUCCUGUCAUAAAAAGACCCUACUUAAAUGGGAGGAUUUUUCAAUUCCAGGUGUUUUCAGAGGCUGGUGUUUGUACAAAGUAAUACUCAGAAUUAGCAAGGCAGGGCAGGGAGAGGAGGAGUCCUUUGUAAGUAAAUCUAGUUCCUCGUGUUCAAUAUCUGAUUCUGUAUUUUGUUUUUCAUGAGGAAAAAAAAAAAUCAUGUUAGUUUGUGCGCCCUUGGUAAACUUCAAAAAGGUCCUUCCAGGUGUAUCCCUGCUGAUGCCGUGUUUUUAGCAGGAUGAAGGAGUGAACCCUGAAAGUGAGAACUCUACCCUACCUACUCAUCUGUUGUUCUGCUGAGGUUAAAAAGCGACAGAGUCCAUGCCUAUAGCUCUUCUAGAACUUCACAGAAAGUGCCUGGGCAAGUGUUUCUGAUGUUUGCAAAGAGAAACUUGUUGUACUUUUAUGUAAUGUGUUAAUUAGUGUGGGUGGAUAUGAUCAGAUCUAGUCUUGCAAGCCUUUCAGACAACUCCCUGAACACUCCCACCUUCAGAUAUUAACAGAUAGCACUGCACUUGCCAAAUCUCAUAAAAACCCAGUAACAGACUUAAUGCAGGCAGAGCAUAAGUGGGUGCAUUUAUUUCGCAGAGCACACAUCUGUUUGUAGCAGACAUUGAUUUGGCCCACUGUUUUCCUCUAGCUGAAAUGCAACUGUUGAGACAAGAAUACAGGAUGACCUUAGAUCACCUAUUUUGUUUUCAUUUCUUCAUGUGGCUUUAAUAAACUUAAUCUGGGUGACA